CGAUCCAAAAUUACCGGUAACAAAUGGAGUUAACUAGGAAAGUGUUUGAUUUGAAUAUAAUGAUUUGAGGAGCUUGCUUUACUCAAAACAACUCGUAAUUAACCGCAGGUUCAGAAAUUCAUUAGAAGUAGGAGUAUCGAAGCGAGAGCUAGUCUUAUUGAACAAUUCUUAUGACAAUACGUACCAUGAGGGACAAGGUCUAUUUCUGUAAUCAGACAUUAUUAUAAGCCUCCAGAGACAAAUAAGGUAGGAGAUAUCAAUCCAUAUAUUUGGUGUAGCAGUGUCGACCCAGAGCGUAAAUAUAUGGUUAAUUAAUGAUGAGGGAUGGAAAUGACGUGCUGUACUCCUCCACUGCCAGGCUACGUCUUUGUUCAAUUGUCAAUUUAUUUCACCACUAAGCGUGUUACAUAAUGGCCAGCUGAUGUACUGGUCUAUCCCAUCAAUACCAUUCACACCUGGGGCCCCAGGUGUCAGUACGGAGGAAGAACAGGCACAGUACCGGAAUUCAGUUUGAUUCUCCACUGUGUGGCUGGUAUUAGUGACAGCUUGAGGGUUUGUACAGUGUGGUGUGCCGCUGGUGUCAGUCAAGUAGAGGCUGGAGUCGCUCGUAGGUCAGGUAUUACCAAAACUAUAGAACCACAGCCUUAUCAUAGACACCUCAUAAAAUAGGUAAGGAUACGGAGAAUGGGGACCAGACAACUGGUAAGUGUGGAUCGGUGACCAAUCAGUGAGUUAGGGACUAGUAUUGAGACGUGCUGUCGGUGAGUUAGAAGCUAGUGUGUUAUGGUAAGUAGUACAGCUACCAAUACUCCCAACAUGGAGAACCGGGGUUCUGUAAGCACUCUCAGUACUCGAGUCUACCAGUACUCCUCACAGCAGAGUAGCGCCUGUAUAGCUCUCUGUCCACACCAAGAACGCCGUAAAGUACUCAUUCUGGAGAAAAACUCCUCCUGGAACAACCAUGGGUGUCAUACAGACAAUUUCUCAAAUGUGAAAGAAUUUUACAGUGGGGCUCGGUGUCAUAGUAAACACAGGAGUAUAUUUGACGAAUUCUGGGAACAAAUACAUGGUGUUCUUCCGAGGUGUCCGGCAAACACAUUGGUGUCAUCACCCCAACGUCGUGGUGCCCCCAAGGAGUGUCGCUGUGGAAUGGGACCUCAAGCUGCGGUCAUCCCACUCGGAUCUUUUGAUGUGUAUGUAGCGAAGGAGAGUCACCAGUUAGCAGAGGCCACACUUCAGAAGAAUGCUCGUCUCAAAGAGGCGUUCGGCAUCAGUGACCAGUACGUUGAUGGGUCCUCGUUUGAUCCUGAUCGCAAAACCAAGGAAGAAGCAGCUAAAGCUCUGGCCAUGGCCCAAAAAAAGUACAGUAUAGUACGAGACUCCAGCUCAUCAGAACGUUCCAUCUCCCCACCUCCAAAGCGAAAAAAGAAAUCAAAGUCAAGGGAUGACAGUAGUUCCCCUGAGAGAAGACAGAAGAAAAAGAAGAGCAAAAAACAUAAGCGAGAUCGUUCUCAAAGAAAAAAGCAAAGAAGUUCACAUAAGCCUAAGAGGAAAAAGAGUGAGUCUUCACAUUCCCAGAAAAGAUCCAAGAAACGGCGCCGCCGGCGUUCACCCAGUUCAAGCUCUGACAGUAGAUCUGCGAGCCCAUUAGACAGCGACAGUUCAGCAUUUGAUGGUGAGAAAGUAAAGCUUACAGAAAAAAGUAAGAAAAGUUCAUCGAGCCCCAUUCAUCUGCCAGAAAGUCUAACUGCCAAAAGGAUCACAAGGUCAAGGUCAAAAUCUCCGAAGGUUACGAGGAGUUCAGUGUCAUUUUCAUCAGAUAGCUCCCGAAGUCCAAGUCCAAGGAAGAAAACGCUGAAAACGAACGGCCACAACACAGCCACGCAACAUAAACAUAACCACAGCUCAUCUUCAUCCAGGUCCCCAGACCCUGUCCACAAGCGCCUUAGUCGGUCACUGAGUUACUCCCCCACUGUAGGUCCGAAGACCAAGGAGUCAGUGCCGUCACCAAAACUCCCGUACAAGUCUCCCUCCCCGGUCACUCGCCACUCCCGGCCCUCAAGGUCAAGGUCACAAAGCCGCCGGCACAAGUCAUCUUCUUGGUCAAGGUCAAGGUCCAGGUCAAAGUCAAGUUCAAGGUCACGAUCAAGGACACACUCCAGAAAUAGAAAAAGGAGAAGUCGUAGUUACAGUAAGUCCCGAUCUCGCUCCCGAAGUCGCAGUCGUCGUCGUAAUUAUAGCAGAAGUGCAUCCCGGAGUAGGUCACGGCACCGAAUGUCUCGAAGCCCUUCCAUACGACGCCGAAAGGGCUCCCCCAGCCACCUCGAGAAACGACGCAUUACCAGGACACAACUUUGUGACAGCGACAGGGUUGUACAAUCUUGUCUCCACGGCGGUAUUGUGCAGGACAGUCCGCAAUGCUACUCAGGGGAGGCCACCCUCAUAAAAUCAGACAAUCUGUGCAAGAAAACGUCCUGUGCCCUACUACCGGCCAGCACCGCCCUCCCCAAGCUCUGUGAGCAGUUACGAUUCUUACUACAGAUACAGUCGCUCGCGAAGUCGAUCUAGACCCCGAUACCGCACUCGCAGUCGGAGCUUCUCACGGACACAGCGAUACAAGAGCUGACACAGAUCAGUCCUCUACUCAACCUCUAGCCAGUAAUAGCCAGAAGGGGGAUAUUUUGUAUAACUAAAAAAAAAUCAUUUAAAAGUUAUGAUUAUAAAAAUGUUUUAUAGUUAAAACAUUAAGAUUGUUAAAUUAAUCAUUAAAAUUGUAAGAAGCUGUAGUGCACUAGUAUAAUUAUGAUCAUACGAAAUGUUUAGUAUGGUUAUAUAUAUACAGAGCUAAUGAUGUAAAUCAACAAUAAAAAGUAAUCACACUUAAACACUGUAAAACCACAAUGAAACUUGUUUAUGAUCUUGAUCACAAGAAAUUCAAUAUUAUCCCUAACAAGAAAGUUGAUACAUGUAUUAUCCUGUUUAUAGAACCUUUUAUGUCAUCAUAUUUAUAAGGAAGUUUAUGACAUGUGUAGUCAUGAUUUUAUUUAUGGUAUAUAAAAAAUAAUCUUUCUAGAUUUCAAGUGAUUUGAAAUUGUAUCAGCUGUGAGCUGUUAAGGUACCUAGGACCAAAGAAUCUCAAGUAAUGCUAAUUUAACUCGUGAAUUACAUGUUUUAUAUAUUAUUUAUUUUAAUAGAUCUAUUUCUUUGAUGUGCAAUAAUAAAGUUUUAUUUAUUUUGUUUAUUUAUACCUGUAUGUCAUACAGCGAUAUUGGUGUUUGAUAUUAUUAAAACAUUGGGCAGGAAUGUUAUUUUUCUAUACUCAUGUUACUUAGAACUCGUUACGUAAUGGAGGAGAAAAUAUGUCAUUUGAAUUGUUUUUAAUGUCAAAUGGAUAUGUAAGUUUUUAGAUUUUAACUCUCAACAAUGUUUGUUUUCCUGUAUUAGACAGAUUGUUGUUUAUUUAAAAAGGAAUAGUUGAAUUAAUCCAUCUGUCAGCAAGACACAACAUUUUUAUUUCUUAAAAAUAAUCUGUAUAUUUAGACAGAAUUUUGUUAAAUAAAAAUAAUGCUAUUUAUGGAUUAUAUCUAUAUCCACUGAGAAAUUGAUAAGACUUUAUUUCUCAACCCUUGUGUUUUUUGUAUCAGUCCUGAAGUUGACUGCUUUAGACUAUAUAGUAUGUACAUAAGAAUUAUAAAAACCUUGUACAUGUUAUAUAUAUAUAAUAAUAUUAUAAAUGGCAUCAGAUCACAUACUCAUUCCAGGAAACAUUUCCUCUUGUUUCUUUAAAAUCGAAAUUGAACUUAUCCAUGUAGUCAGAUUUUACAUUCCAUUUUGAACAAAACCCUAUAUUCCUAUGUGUAUGUAAACCUACUUUUGUGUAGGUAUGUGUAAUAUGCAUCCCCAGGUGUGCAAGCUAAACUGAUCAUACUAUUCAUCAAAGAUUUUUGUACUCCAGGAGAUCAUUUAUGUCUGCAAUCAUGUCAUCCUCAUGUCACCCUCAAACUUACAGUGGACUCAUCCUUACAUUAAUAUUGGGAUGUGUCAUUGUGGUUAGCAAGGUUGAUAGUAUGACUGUGUAUCCUCACAUCUGUACUUAACUACAUUAUUGCUUUCGUCCAUUUCACGCAAUUUGUGAUUCCAUAUUGUGUACGGAAAACUUGUUACUUUGUAAAAUGUUGUGGUUUCAUUAAUGGGGUAAUAUAAGUUUCUCUGUCCAAAGAUAGUAUAAUGCCACACAAUUGAGGUUUUGUGGAUGUGUCUCCUGUGCUUUACCUUAUAAGGAAGUGUAAACUUGUGAUAACUUACCUAUAUCACAAGUUAAUCAUGUGAUGCUGUGAUGUCAUAGCUGUAAAUACACUGAUACAGUGGAAUUAAAAUGUCAAAGUUACAAUUUCUGUACAUAAAGAAGUGAAAGAUUUCAGGCUAAUAUUUUACAUGUAGGCAUCUGGAGCACUUUGUCUUCAGUGUGCAGGCUGUUAAUAAAAUGAUGAUCA